UGUUUUGUCCUUCUUUGGGGUGGGCGAGGACAGGCGGGAAGGGUCCCCACGGGAGCUGCUGCGGAAAGGAGCUCCGCUCCGUGCCGCUCUUGCCGGGUUCCCGUGCGGAGCUUCGCGGCAGCGCCAAACUAUGGGGGCGUGGCCUCGCGGCGGCGGCCCGUUUCGAUUGGCUGCGUGGCGCUGCGUCACGCACUGCGCCCCGGGGCGCGCCGGAGCGCUGUGGGGAACGUGUCUGCGCUCCGCGGUGCGGAGCUGGGGUAGGGACGUGCGGUCGCUCUCUUUUCGUGGCGGCAUGGCCGAGCCGGGACCGGGCCUUAAAGCCAUCGUCGAGAAGGUGGACGAGGAGAAGGACACGGCGGCUCCAGCCCCGAAAAAACGGCGCUUGGCGGCCGGGGAGCGCUACGUGCCGCCGCCGCGGAAACUGAGGUCGGGAGUGAGUUUCAGCGCGGCUCACUUCGCCGAGACCUCGUAUUAUUUCGAGGGAGGGCUGCGCAAGGUGCGGCCCUACUACUACGACUUCCGCACCUACUGCAAAGGGCGCUGGGUGGGCCGCAGCCUCCUGCACGUCUUCAGCACCGAGUUCCGCUCUCAGCCCCUCGCCUACUACCGCGCUGCCGCCCGCGCAGGCCGCCUCCGCCUCAACGAGGAGCCCGUGCAGGACCUGGACGUCGUGCUGAAGAAUAAUGAUUUUCUCAGGAAUACAGUGCAUCGCCACGAGCCUCCAGUGACUGCCCAGCCUAUCCAAAUCCUGGUGGAGAAUGAUGAAGUGGUGGUUGUAGACAAACCGUCUUCUUUGCCUGUGCAUCCCUGCGGCAGGUUUCGUCACAACACCGUCAUCUUCAUCCUCGGCAAAGAGCAUAACCUGAAGGAACUGCACACCAUUCACCGCCUCGAUCGCAUGACCUCGGGAGUGCUUAUGUUUGCCAAAACGGUGGAGGUCUCCAAGAGGAUUGAUGAGCAAGUUCGGGAGAGGCAGCUGGAAAAAGAGUAUGUCUGUCGUGUGGUGGGGGAGUUUCCAGAACAUGAAGUGGUCUGUGAAGAGCCCAUUCUGGUGGUUUCUUACAAAGUGGGAGUGUGCCGUGUGGACCCCAAAGGGAAAUGCUGCAAAACCAUCUUCCAGAGACUCAGUUACAAUGGCAAGAGCAGCGUGGUCAAGUGUCUUCCACAUACAGGGCGGACACACCAGAUCCGGGUCCAUUUGCAGUAUUUAGGAUACCCUAUUGUCAAUGACCCCAUCUAUAAUAUGGAAGCCUGGGGCCCUGAAAAGGGCAAAGGUGGAAAGAUUGGUAAGACAGAUGAAGAGCUCCUUAAGGCGCUGGUGGAGGAGCAUCGUUCCAAACAAAGCCUGGAUAUCUUGGGUAUCUCAGAAGAGGACUUGAAUUCUAAUGCAGAAAACAAUGACUCUGGAAAUUCAAGUGAGUGCGCAGAAUCUGUGCAGGCUGAUCCUGUAAUUGAGAACUCCUGCCUUGCUGAGGACAUCAAGGGUUCUGAGACAGAAGUAGCAGCUUACCCGCUGAACUUCAAUACCAACCUAGAAACGCUUGAAAAAAAUACAGAACUGGGCUCGUGUGAAAAUGAGGGUAGGCAAACAGGAGAAAAAAGUUCAGAAGAGAGGGACCCUUUAUGUGUGGAGUGUAAAAUAACAAGGCAGGACCCAUCUCCCAAGGAGCUGGUGAUGUACCUACAUGCCUUGCGUUAUAAGGGAGCGGAGUUUGACUAUUGCUCCAAGAUGCCUGAAUGGGCAAUGGAGGACUGGGAGGAGUGACAGAGGACAUGACAUCUAUGGACAUGGUUCCAGCACGGCCAGAAAAGCCUUGUGAAGACCUAAAGCUUUGUUAUGGUUGAGGUGAACAAAUUGCCUGUGAAUUAAGAUCGGCUGGGAAGACUUUGCUAACAGUAGCUGUAAAAAGGCAGGAAGAUGGGGUUAUGACACUAGAAUUACACUGUCCUUUAGUGAACACCUAUGGAACCUCUGGCACAGGCAACUUGGCCUCUCACCUCAAUCUGUUUUGGGUCUGCUGUUAGUUAUCUAUGCAGAUAAUUUAGUACGUACACUUAAAUUAAGCAACGGAUUUUUUCUCUCUCGAUCUGCUCUGUGUUGUUCUUGUACUGUACAGUAAGAGCUGCUGUAAUGUUCAAUGUACUGGGUGUCAUACAUAAAACUGCUUGUACUUUGAUUUUACUGUCAAGCUGAUUUUAAAAUUGAAACAUUACCCCUGAGAAUGCUGCAAGUCAAACCAGGGAAUGCUGUGAAGCUGAUUUGUUUACUGUUUGUCAGCAAGGUGGACUUUGCUUUGUAAUUGCUCUUAUGGAAUUCCUUUAUACAGUUACUUUAUUUAAGGUUAGUUAUUCAGGGAACUGAUCUGUGUAUAUUUUUGAAGGUACUAAUCCCAAGAUUUUACCCUUCUGAGAUUUACAAGGGAACUGAUGCAGUAGAUUUUGCCUUCAUAUUUUGCUCUCUCCCCUGUGAUGCAUCAUUUUUUUGCCUUCUCAGAAACAUUCAGAAUCUUUUUUUGAGAAAUCUAUUAUCUGUAACCCUUACGCCUCAAUGAAAAUAUCUUCGUACAUGAGCAAAAAUCCAAGGUAGAAAGGUCAGUCUACCAAUUCUCACUCUUUUUAGCUGUACCAUAGAUUGUUUUGGAAUGGUGUGUGUUUUUAAUAUUGCUUCAUCUGGCUUCAACGUAACGUUUGGCUUUAAAGAAAAAUAAAAGCUAUUAUGGUUUUUUUAAAAAUACAUUUUAUAGUAACAUUUCUGGGAUGAUAAAUAUCAGUACAGUUCUAAUAUUCAUCAGUGUUUCUGUAGUUGCUUCUUGUGUUCUGGGAGGGUGAUUACAAUCAUUGUAUUGUCUCAGGUGCUUGGGAUUUUUUCUUUUUUUUUUUU